CGACGUACUGUUCUUUCAAAUCCCGCGAGACGUCUCUCACUCACAUGUGUUCUCAUGAGUUUAUUUCAGUAACCUAAGACACGACUCUGCUCUGCUGAAUGUACCGUGUGGAAGAGGGAGAAAAUGUCAUCACAAACUUUAAAUGUCAGCACGCAAAAGAAUUCGUAUCAUGAUGUUACAUAUCCAAGUUGGGAUCUGUUUUAGACUUUGCUCCAAUGAAAAUGGGAAUUCUGAGGCAGCUCCAAUGUUUCCUUCUGAUGGGAACAAUGUUGAGUGUCAUCUUCAUAAUUUUUACUGGGAUGAUGUGGCAAAAGGCACUUAUUACGUCCCCUCUGUUGACUUGAACUCCAGUUCAGAUAACUCCAAAAAGUCAAGCUGGUCAGUCAAACUAAACCAGACAUUCAUCACAACUCCCCUUAAACAUAUCUUAGAAGAUAACAACUUAAGCUUACACCCCGACCUCAAAGUGCGGCAAGCUAAUCGUACACGUACGGUAAAAGAGCUAUGUUUGGCCAACAGCAGCCUUCAUUUCCCUGGAAAAUUUAAGACAUUUGAUCAAAUUCCAAGCCACGCCUUGGAUCAUCUCAUUGUGGAUGAUCGCCAUGGUGUCAUUUAUUGUUACGUUCCGAAAGUGGCAUGUACCAACUGGAAAAGAGUCAUGAUCGUGCUCAGCCAAAACCUUAAGAGACCUGAUGGAGCUGCAUACAGAGAUCCUCUUGACAUCCCAUCAUACUUAAGCCACAAUGCCACCCUUCAUCUGACCUUCAACAGGUUUUGGAGACGCUUCGGUCGCGCCUCCCGUCGUUUGAUGCGCCACAAACUCAAGACUUACACAAAGUUCAUUUUCGUAAGAGAUCCAUUUGUACGACUUAUAUCUGCUUUCAGAAACAAGUUCGAUCAGCCAAAUGAAGAUUUUUACAGACAGUUCGGCUCUGUAAUGCUUCAGCGUUACGCUGAUAUUUCAAAUCCGCCGAGUUCAGCUAAAGAGGCAUUCGCUAAAGGUAUUCGCCCCUCCUUUGCAAACUUUGUUAAGUACCUGUUAGAUUCUCAGACUGAAAAGGAGGAGCCAUUCAAUGAACACUGGCGUCAAGUCUACAGGUUAUGUCAUCCGUGCCAAAUCGAGUAUGACUUUAUUGGGAAACUAGAAAGUCUUGAUGAGGACGCAAAACAUUUGUUGAAGAUUCUUGGAAUGGAUCAGAUUCACUUUCCGCCAGGGUAUCACGAUAGGACAGCGACAAAUUGGGAGCGAGAAUGGUUUGCGAACAUUUCUGUAGCUGACAGGACAAAACUUUACAAUCUGUAUGAACCGGACUUCAGAUUGUUUGGAUACGACAAACCUGAGACACUUCUCCAUGAUUGAAAUCGUAAUAACUGAAAAUUGCACAUAAGAUUUUUUAUUACAUUAAUGAAGUCCUCUUUCACUUUAUUAUAAUUAAAUUAAGUAUUAGCAGUGUAUAUUGCAGCUAAUGCCUUCUGUAAUAUAUAUUAAAUGAACUUUUAUGUGUAUUAUAAGUUCAUGACUUUUAGAUUUUUAAUAAUGACCAAGAUUAAUAAUAAUAGUUUCAAUUUACUAGGUUUAAUUUACCUCGAUUUCAUAUAAAAAAAAAAGUUGUAAUAGUUCAGUUUUGUGUGGACAUAUGCAUGGAGUUUAAUGGGUAAGAAAGUCUAUAGCUCAUGAUCUUCACCUUGUGGAAACCACUUUCAAAUAAAUGUUUACAAUUACACUGACUUCUAAGACACCACUGAAGCCUGCAGACCUUCAUUUCAAAUUGUGGUCCAAAAUUGUAGACCUUCCCCUUCAUUAAGUCAAACAUCCAAAGUUAAAGAGUACCUUUCACUAUAUGUGGUCAUCUUUUGAAGGCUAUUUUAAGGCUGCUGACUUCUUC